AUGAAGACGGCGGUUCUUUCUCUUUUCCUGGCCCUCCAGACCUAUGCCCGGGUGACCGGCUCUCCAUCUGGCUUUGCUGCCGGCACUACGGGGGGUGGUUCGGCGACCCCGGCAGCGCCCUCCAGUCUGGACGAGCUGGUGCAAUGGAUCACCGACGAUAAGCCCCGCGUGAUCCUCAUCGACCGGACCUGGGACUUCAUCGGCACCGAGGGCACCACCACGGGCAAAUGCUGCAGCAUGCCCUCCACGACGGUCUGCAGCGGCGGAACCUCCAAGGGUCAGGCCUGGAUUCAGGAUCACUGUGAUGGAGGAUCCUGGGUGUCGUGCAAGUACGACAAUGCCGCGCUGACGCCCCUGGACGUGGGCUCGAACAAGAGCAUCGUGGGUGUCGGCAACAAGGGUGUCAUCAAGGGCAAGGGUCUGCGAGUGCGCAACGGCAACAAGAACGUGAUUAUCCAGAAUAUUCACAUUACGAAUCUGAACCCUCAAUACGUCUGGGGCGGUGAUGCCAUCACCCUCGACAACGCGGACAAGGUCUGGAUCGACCACAACAAGAUCUCCCUCAUCGGCCGCCAAUUCAUCGUCAGCGGCUGGGGCAAAGCGGGCCACGUCACCAUCUCCAACAACGAAUUCGACGGCCGCACCUCCUGGUCCGCCGGCUGCAAUGGCAAGCACUACUGGACUCUACUCCUCCUCGGCGAGCAGGACUACUACACCUUCCAAGGCAACUGGCUGCACGACGUGUCCGGCCGCGCCCCGCACAUGGGAACCGACCACACCAAGUCGCAGAUCUUCUUCCACGGCGUGAACAACUACUUCCAGAAUGUCGGCGGACAUGCCUUUGACGUCGACACCAACACCUGGGUGCUGCUCGAGGGCAACUACUUUGAGAACGUCAACACGCCGCUGACCGAUACCAGCCUGCGGGCCGGCGGCAAGCUGUACACCACCUCCACAGUGGCUGCGGCCGGCGCCUGUCAGGAUAAGCUGGGAUAUAUCUGCGAGUGGAACCGCUUGGCGGGAUCCGGUGCCUGGAAGGACCGCACCGAUGCGGAUGUCAAGACCAAGGCGGCUGCGUUCAAGAGCAGCCUGGUGGGCCAUUAUCCUGUGGCGGAUGUGCCUGCCAAGGUUGUUGCCAACGCGGGUGUUGGCAAGCUGUAG